GCCGGGGUCGGUGGUCUGAGCUGAGAGAGGUCUUGCUCGGAGCGUCGCGCUCGGAGGGGCUGGAGCGGGUGUGCGGAUGCUGGAAGUUCACAUCCCGUCGGUGGGACCCGAGGAUCCCAGGCAGAACCCAGAGAAAGGCCACAUGGUGUUCCGAGUGGAAGUGCUGUGCCGCGGGCGCAGGCACACCGUGCAGAGGCGCUACAGCGAGUUCCACGCGCUGCACAAGCGGAUCAAGAAACUGUACAAAGUGCCCGACUUCCCCUCAAAACGCCUGCCUAACUGGAGGACCAGAGGAUUGGAGCAGCGGCGUCAGGGCUUGGAAGCCUAUAUCCAGGGUAUCCUGUACCUGAACCAGGAUGUGCCCAAGGAGUUACUGGAAUUCCUGAAUCUUCGGCACUUCCCCACAGACCCUAAGGCUAGCAGCUGGGGCGCCCUGGGGGAGUUCCUGCCCAAUGACAGCAGCUCCCAGCUGCGCCACCGGCCUGUCUUCAGCUUCCACAGGGAUCCCUACAUUUGCAGCCCAUCCCCAGAGCCUCUGCCCAACGUGGUGGUGAAUGGCGUGCUCCAGGGCCUCUACGGCUUCAGCAACAGGCCAGCUGAAGCUCAGGGAGAGGCAUCUUGUCACCCUGCCACCCAUGCCCUGACCAGCCCAGAGGCCUAAGGGGCCACCUGCCAGGACAGGCACGUGCCUCAGUGUUAUGUGCCCUCUUCUCAGAGAAGGCUGGGUCCCCCUUGGCCCAGACCCAGGACUAACCUACCCGAGGUGCCAGGGCAGGGACAACAGGGGAUAGGGAAUAAAGGGAGAAGUCCAUUUAGAGGUAGGCUUCGA